GAAAAGCGGCGAUUGCUAGAAAAUGGCUGACUGUGAAUGCGGUGUCUCUUUCUCUACGUUCAAAAAGCUGUUUUGACGUGCCCUGCAUUGACAAAUGCGUCGCUCCAUUUGACAAAGAGGCGGAAUGUUUAAAAAGGCGAAAAGAGCUAACCUCCGUCGGAGAAAUGAGUCCGACGAGGACGAGCAGGAGGAGGGCCAGCAGCCGCUGCUGGCGCCGACGCUGUGCGGGCCCGUGGUGGAGGAGAUCCCGUUCAUGGAGAGCUCCAACAACAGCCUCGCCGUAGUCCGCAGCACCGCGGAUUUACACCACGGCAACGGCCUUCAAGCCAAUAGUGUCAAAGCUGUCAAGAAAGGAAAAAGCAAAGACUUGGUUGCGUCGGCGUUAGGAGCCCCGAAAGCCAGUUUGCUGAGUUUUGACGAUGACGAAGAUGGAUCGGAGGUGUUCAGGGUGAAGAAAUCCAAUCACAGCAAGAAAAUUGUCAAACAGCUCAAGAAGGAGUACAAGGAAGAUUUGGAGAAGACUGGCCACAUCAAGCAGGAGAACAGCUCAGAUGCUCCAUCCCAGCCUGUGGUUGCCAGCAAGGAGGAGGCUUGUAGCAGGACGGGCAGUGAGCAGGGAGAGGAGGAGAUGGAGGUGGACAGUGCUGAUGACCAGGAGGACGAGCAGAGGAGUCACAGUGGGUCUGCACAUGGUCAAGUCUCCAAGAGCAACAGCGCAGCUGGCACCUUCAACACACUGUCCUCCCUCAGCAGCCUUCGACCAGGGGAGAUCCCUGAUGCGGCAUUCAUCCAUGCUGCCAGGAAGCGCCGACAAAUGGCUCGGGAGCUGGGGGGUGACGCUCCCUUGGUGGAGACAGAAUCCCCCAAGAAGCGACUGGUACGAGAGGAAGAGCAGGAUGCCAGUGACGAUGAAGAUGAGGAGGAAAAGAGGAUCAGCUUCAGCGGAGUUAGGAGCAAAAGCCAGAGGCAGAAAAUUGCCGAGGAGAUAGGUAUUGAGGGUAGUGAUGACGAGGGUCUGGAUGCAGGUCAUGAUGAAGAGUUGAGCCGCUGGGAGCAGGAGCAGAUCAGGAAGGGAAUCAGCAUACCCCAGGUCCAAAGCAGUCAACCAGAGGAGAGUACAGUCUACUACCAAAACAGCUAUGAGAGCCAGCCCUAUGGGUCAUCGUACAACAUGCCUUAUACCUACAGUACUGUGGCCCCACAGAGCAGCAAGCCACCUGGUCGAACAGAUAAUGGCUCUGUCCCCUAUAGGGCCCCUAGUGGUGACCUAGCCCCGGUCUCCACUGAUCUGGUAAAGAAACGCCUGCGGGACAGGCUCAGUCAAAUGCGUGCAGGCCAUGAAGCAAACACCAAGCGCUAUGAACAGAUUCAAGAAGACCUAGCCACCUCUGAGAGCACCAUACAGCAGCUGGAGGGCUCAUCCAAUGACAAUGCAGAUCAAUAUAAAUUCUUGCAAGAGAUGCGAGGGUAUGUUGGAGACUUGCUUGAGUGUUUCAGUGAAAAGGUGCCUGCUGUCCUGGAGCUGGAGGCUGCCAUGCACCAGUUACUAAGGCAACGGGCCUCACGACUCGUCCAAAGAAGACAGGAUGAUAUUAAAGAUGAAUCAUCGGAGUUUGCAAGCCUUUCAAAUAAAGCUGUCAUGGCUCCUAGUCUGGACUCAUUUGGUCGAGACCGCACAGCCUACCAGGAGCACAGCCGCCAGAGGAGGAUAGCAGAGAGGGAGGCGCGACGAACUCGGCGGCGUCAAGCCAGAGAGCAGAAUGGAAAGAGGGCUGAGCACAGAGAAGGCCUAUCAUCUGAUGACGAGGAGACCUCCACUGACAUCACCAGCUUCAACAUGGAGAGAGAUCGUAUCAUCAGGGAUUGUAAAAAAGUAUUUGAGGACGUAGUGGAGGAUUUUCAUUCUCUUGACUGCAUCAAGACCCAUUUCGAGGUGUGGAGGAGAGACUACGCCGACUGUUACAGAGAUGCUUACAUAGGGCUGUGUCUGCCUAAGCUCUUUAACCCACUGGUUCGUCUGCAGCUUGUUACAUGGAGUCCUCUGGAGGUGGAGUGUGCUAAUUUUGAGUACAUGCUCUGGUUUGAGUCUCUGUUGUUCUACGGCUGUGAGGAGCACAGCAAGUUGCAGAAAGGAGACGUGGAUAUCAACCUGCUACCUGCUAUAGUGGAGAGAGUCAUCCUGUCCAAACUGGCAGUGUUGGUAGAGCAAGUGUGGGAUCCCCUGUCCACCAGCCAGACAGCCAGGCUGGUGGCCUUCAUCCGCAGACUGGGCAAGGGUUACCCCACUGUGCUGCAUGGGGACAACAAAUACACACAGGAGCUACUGAAAACAAUCGUCUUACGGACCAGGCGGACUCUGGAUGAAGAUGUCUUCCUUCCACUCUACCCUAAAAAUGUGCUGGACAACAAGAACAGUGGUCCAUAUUUAUUCUACCAGCGGCAGUUCUGGUCCUGUGUCAAGCUUCUGGGCAACAUCCUGCAGUGGGAAAAUAUCCUGUCCAGCUCCUGUCUGAGGGAGCUGGCUCUGGACAGCACCCUCAACAGAUACAUCCUCUCUGCACUGCAGACCACAGAUGCUGGGGAAGACAAUGUUCAGAAGUGCCAGAAGGUGGUGGAGUGUUUCCCAGUGCAGUGGUUCUCUGAACUAAAGGGCCAACAGACAUUGCCUCAGCUGGAGCCAUUCUGCCGCUACCUCACCCACCUGGCCAACUCUUUGUACCGCUGCAGCCUGGGAGGGUCUGAUGUGGACCGCCGCACCGCCAAGGAUCAAAUUAAAGAAGUCAUGAAGCUGCUGGGACACAUGAACGCCCUGGACCACAUCAUCACUGUGGCAUCAGAGCAAGGCAUUAAAGAGAUCAAGCCGCUCUUGGAGACCAAGUCCUAGAGGAGGAGGAGGAGACAACAAUUUGCCAUGCAUACGUUGUCAUGUGUAGCACAUUUUACAGCAUGGUGUUGCUUCACGUGGUGUCUGAAAAAUGUGCGACAACGCUAAAUGUGCAUCAAGGCUUUGUAAACUCAAAAAGAAGAGUUGUUGACUGAAAGGUCAAAGUAAAAACAAACCCUUGUGUAAAUAGUGUGAAUACUGUACAUUGUGUGAAAGGGGUGUGCAACUAUUGAAAGACUGAUCCUAAAAGGGAGGCCUUCACUACCAUUGUGCUUCAUGUUGGCAAAAUGGGAAAUGUUGACAACAGCGUCUAAUGCAGUAGGAAGGUCUGACACGUUGACUUUGUACAAGGAGUAAACCUUUGAUAUGGAUUGCCGAGGACCUGUCUUGAAAACCUGGGACCUGUAAAUUCAUACUAAACUCACUUAAAGAGGCUAGUUGUAAAAAUAUUUUUAUUUCUCAGUGCCAAAAGAGCUUUCCAGUUAGCAAACAGGCAGAAAAAAUAUCACCCCUGAUAAAGACUGAAGACCAACUUUCCCACAGUCUGUGAAGGACAACAUUGCUAUGGUUGCUUCAUAGAUCCUCACUUGAUCUUACAGCUGUCCUCCCUCACCGACGAACUUUCCUCUGUGAUGAUGACCCGACUGAAGUGAAGAACUUUGUUUUCAAAUUUGUCACACUUGUUUGUUGAAUUUUUUUUCUGCCUGUGAAUAAAAUGUGUUUAUGCAAGAUU